UUGUUUUUUUCCAACGAGGCAAUAUGGCAACACCCGCCGCGGUAAAUCCAUCGGAAAUGGGCACGGAUCUGCCUGGGCCUGUGGCCAUACCAGGGGCUGUCGUUGGCACUGGCCAGGUGCGGAUGGCGGGCACCAUGCCAGGCCGCGGAGGAAAGCGGAGAUCGGGAGGGAUGGACUUCGAUGACGAGGACGGAGAGGGACCCAGCAAAUUUUCAAGAGAGAAUCACAGCGAGAUAGAGCGGCGACGGCGUAAUAAGAUGACCCAGUACAUCACAGAGCUGUCCGACAUGGUGCCCACCUGCAGCGCGUUGGCGCGGAAACCCGACAAACUGACCAUCCUGCGCAUGGCGGUGUCGCACAUGAAAUCCAUGAGGGGCACCGGAAACACUUCCACUGACGGAGCCUACAAACCCUCCUUCCUCACCGAACAGGAACUGAAGCAUCUAAUCCUGGAAGCAGCGGACGGCUUCCUGUUUGUCGUAGCCGCCGAGACGGGUCGAGUGAUCUAUGUGUCGGACUCAGUGACGCCGGUUCUAAACCAGCUGCAGUCUGAGUGGUUUGGCAGUACGCUGUACGACCAGGUCCACCCAGACGACGUGGACAAACUGAGGGAACAGCUCAGUACCUCAGAGAACUCAAUGACAGGUCGGAUCCUGGAUCUGAAGACUGGAACUGUAAAAAAAGAGGGCCAGCAGUCUUCCAUGAGAAUGUGCAUGGGCUCAAGACGCUCCUUUAUCUGCAGAAUGAGAUGUGGCAAUGCUCCUCUAGAUCACAUUUCUCUGAACCGGCUGUCCAACAUGAGGAAGAGAUACAGGAACGGUCUGGGACCCUCUAAAGAAGGCGAGGCUCAGUACUCAGUGGUACACUGUACUGGCUACAUCAAAGCCUGGCCCCCAGCAGGCAUGACAAUUCCGGAAGAGGAUACAGAGGCAGGCCAAACCAGCAAAUACUGCUUGGUCGCAAUCGGAAGACUCCAGGUCACCAGCUCCCCCGUCUCCAUGGAUAUGAAUGGACUCUCUGUGCCCACAGAAUUCCUCUCCCGUCACAACUCUGAUGGCAUUAUCACCUUUGUCGAUCCUCGUUGCAUCAACGUGAUUGGCUACCAGCCCCAGGACCUCUUGGGUAAAGACAUCCUGGAAUUCUGUCAUCCGGAAGAUCAGAGUCACCUACGAGAGAGUUUUCAGCAGGUGGUGAAGUUGAAAGGCCAAGUUCUAUCAGUCAUGUACAGGUUCCGCAUGAAGAAUCGCGAGUGGAUGCUUAUCAGAACCAGCAGCUUCACUUUCCAGAAUCCCUACUCUGAUGAAAUUGAAUACAUCAUCUGUACCAACACAAAUGUCAAGCAACUUCAGCAGCAGCAACAGGCAGAACUUGAGGUUCAUCAGAGAGAUGGCCUGACUGCUUAUGACCUGUCCCAGGUGCCAGUGGCCAGUGUACCAGCCGGAGUUCACGAGGCAGGCAAGUCCAUCGAUAAAAACGAGUCACUGUUCUCCCAGGAGAGGGAUCCACGCUUCGCCGACAUGUACACUGGCAUCUCUGGAUCUGAUAAAAAAAUGAUGGUGCCCUCCUCCACGGCCGGAGGCCAGCAGCUGUAUUCCCAGGGCAGUCCGUUUCAGCCCGGUCACUCCAGCAAGUCCUUCAGCUCAUCAGUGAUCCACGUCCCAGGAGUUAAUGACAUCCAGCCGUCUGCAUCUGCUGGGCAAAAUCUGGCUCAGAUCUCCAGACAGCUGAACCCGGGCCAGGUGUCCUGGACCGGAAACCGGCCUCCCUUUUCUGGCCAGCAGAUACCAGCCCAGUCUAAUAAGGCCCAGUCCUCUCCGUUUGGUAUCGGGUCCAGUCACAGUUACCAGGCAGACCCCUCUUCAUACAGCCCCCUGUCCAGUCCCGCAACCUCUUCCCCCAGUGGAAACGCUUACUCCAACCUGGCCAAUCGCGGCACGGCUUUCGCAGAUGUGGCUGGGGAGGGCAGUCAGAGCGGGGCUCAGUUCCAGGGCAGACCCUCAGAGGUGUGGUCCCAGUGGCAGAGUCAGCACCACGGGCAGCAGGGCAGCGAGCAGCACCCCCACCCUCAGUCCAGUCAGUCAGAGGUGUUCCAGGACAUGUUGCCGAUGGCCGGAGAUCCGACCCAGGGAACAGCCAACUACAACAUAGAGGACUUUGCUGACUUGGGCAUGUUUCCCCCAUUUUCUGAGUAAUUUU